GCAUUUUAUCCAUAUUAAGAGGCUCCUCCUCCUAUAGUAUCCAGCUUUCGUUGGUAAAUAUUGAUAGUAUUGAUAUUGAUAGUACUACGAUUUUAUAUCUUAACCCUUCAUAUUCCAAUCAAUGUACCACCAGCUCGGUUCUAUACGUACGAGGUACUUCCAGUCUAAUCCAGUCUCGCUCCUCCGUCCCUUCUUGCCACCACACACCACACUCCGGCCCUUGUUCCUUAACCUAAAUUCCUCCAACCCACCAAUCAAAAAAACCUGCUCAAAGUUUCAAAGCGGAAACGUCACGGCUGCGCUAUCAAAUGGAGCGACGACUAACUGAACGCCAUGAGACCGGGAGAACAGAAGGAGGAAAAGCGAAGCCAGACAAGACAGGCCUGAAGACCUGAAGACCCUACGACCACAGGAGAGACAGACAAGAGGCGCUGACGACCGUCGAUCAUCCCACGUUGUUGAUAGCCCGCAAUUGGAAGACGACGAGAGAGGAAUCCCGUACGCCGGCUAGGCGCAUACAUCCCUACGUUGGACGGGGAAUACAAACAAGGGCUAGCCCACAGAGAGGCCUUCAAGGUUACAUACCUGCAUAUCUUCGUACUCGGGGAAGAAGCUGCAUUCGCCUGAAAUCUUUGUUGGCGCAAAGCUCACCGCAUGAAGCCGGGUGCCGCGAAUCUGAUAUAGCUCCUCUGACUUUGAAUAUACGCCCUAGGCAUCCCGCGGAGGGUCUACACGCUGCUCACCUUCCCCACCACCCCACUCACUAAGUAUCACGACACCAUCUCCAAAUCUGGGUGCAAACGCCUCUUUGACCUCUUCGUUUCCUUUGCAACCUCGAAACCCCCGCCUACCCACGCCUCGGCCAGGAUUCUCAACCCCCCACCUCCCUCCACCAACACAACAAGCCUUGGUGGCUGGAGCGUAUGACAGUUCAGACAUAAUCCGCUCAAUCCCCCGCACGCUCGUUACCCGACCCCCAACGAUCGCGACUCCAGCAACGGACCUCCAAUCGAGCCAAGCGCGAACAAUAGGCCUCAAUCCUCACCGAUAGCUACUUCCGAAGAACGAUCAGACUACUACAUCCAAAUCCCUGGCACUGGAAAGCCAAGCCCCGUCGCAAUCAACCCUCGACGAAAGCCGGUGCGACUGCCGCAUGCGCUUUUCCGCGCUGUUCCGCAACAGGCCUGGAGACGAGAGAUAGACGCUGCUCUGGAAAGUGGUACCGCGCAUACGACGCGGCAACACCUGACGGGUUUUCGCUGCCGCAUAGGGCCAUAUUGCUCAUAAUACCCUCAAAAUGCCGAUCAUAAACGGCAUGAAGAUGGCCUGUGAGCCAUGCAUUCGAGGCCAUCGCUCUACGAAAUGUACGCACGCGAGCGAACGCCUGAUGGUGCCGGUCAAGAAGCCUGGCCGACCACUGACAGCAUGUCCGCAUUUACAGCCAUCAAGCUGCGGAUGCUCGAGCGUCACCGCCGCCAUUCCUCGGAAAUCGCAGUGUGGGUGUGGACCAGGGAGCAAGACGGCCAAGACAGCGGUCAAGACGGAACCGCAACCUGUCGAUUCGCCGAUAACUGAAUCGCCAUCACCGGUUGCGCGCGACUUCAAGAUCAAGAAGACGACGUCGAAAACAAAGAGCCGGAAACAGUCCUAUGACGCCUCCGUGCUCAACAGGGUAGACCCGAACAGUGUCAAUGUCGUCCCGUUCACCCCGAGACCUCAACAACUUAUCGCACCGGCACUUCCAAAUGAAGCAAAAUCUGCGGCACCACUCGCGCCCUACACGAACGGAAACCAAAACCAUACAUACCAACAGACACAACCUCCUCUACCUUACAACACCGACUCGCCAUAUGUACCAGUUAACGGGAACGGAGUCUAUCCAGGUCUGAACGGCAACGGCGUGAACCACCCAUUCAUACCACUCGACCAACUGCCAGGCACCAUGCUCAGCUCCCGUUCAAACUCAACCGGAUCGUCCUACGGCACCCCAGCAAACGGCGUCAAACUCGAAAACGAAACGCACGAAUCCGAAAUACCCCAGAGCAGCUGCUGCUCGAAACCCGCCACCUCCGCCCCCCUCGACGGCAUGAUCUUCGCCAACGGCACCCCCCUCACCACAAUGCCAAACUACACCUACGUCCCCACCUACCCCCUCCCCGCCCCUCUCUACCCCUACCCCCAACCAACCCUCUUCGCCUACCCCCCCUCCUACGGCUCCCACAACAACCCCCUCCAACCCGCCUCCUGGCGCCAAAACAUUUACGCCGCCCCGCCCGACAUCCCGUUAUACCCCCUCCAACCCGACCUCAACAUGGCCCUCCACAGCUGCGGCUGCGGCCCAACAUGCCAAUGCGUCGGAUGCGCUGCUCACCCCUACAAUGACGCGACGCAGGAGUACGUGCGCUCCGCGUACGCCGAGCCCGUCUCCCCGCCCGACGCAUACGGUGUCGUCUACCCGCCCGUAUUCCCCGGCGACGAUAGCGCAACGGUGCUAGAGCACGGCGCGAGCGCGAAGGAGAGCCCGAGUGAGGGGGGGUCAAUGGCAGAGGACCAGGCGCUGUCGCCGAGUGAUUUCUUCUUUGUGAGUUAUCCGCUUAGUGGGGAGGGGUGUGGGGGGGACACGACGAGUUGUCCGUGUGGCGAUGGGUGUCAGUGUCUCGGUUGUACGAUUCAUGCGCUUGAUGAGGUUGGGGAGGCGGUGGGGAUGGCGCGGGGGGAGGGGGUAGUGGGACCGACUGUACCUGUACCUGCGCAGGUGGUGGAGAAGGAGACGGUGGAGGUGGAGGUGCCUCCUGUGGAGGGGGAGAAGGGGGAGAAGAAGAGUUGUUGUUGUGGAUAGAUUGGCCAAGGCGGGAUAUGAUUAUGGGAAAGAGAGGAGAAGGAAAUAUACCCUCUAUGUGAGUUAAAAUGGCGAAUUUGCUAUGGCACGCACGCGCAAGGAGUUGGGGAGCACAUUGUACAUAGACAUACUAUUUCUGGCACGGCUCAGUGUCUUGGCCCAUCACGAGGCUUGUUUUUUUUUGGGG